AUGGAUAAAGACAGUAGAGUUAUCAUCAUCGGUGCUGGCAUAUUUGGCCUUUCUACGGCUCACCAACUUGCGUCUGAAGGCUAUCGCAACAUCAUCGUCCUUGAUAGGCACUUUCCACCGGUCCCAGAUGGAUCCAGCUCUGAUAUCUCCCGUGUUGUGCGCUUCGACUACGCCGAUGAUGACUACUUGCGUAUUGCUCAUGAAGCUUUUUUGAAAUGGAAAAAACUACCUAAAUAUGACGGUAUUUUCUUUCCUGCUCAAUAUAUUCUCUCUGAGAAUAGCAGCAACCAUGGACAAGCCUGGAUUGCAAAGACGAUGGCGGCACUCACCAAUCGGAAAAUACCCUGGGUCAAGCUAGAUGAUGCUGCAGCUGCCAAAAAGAUAUUCCCAGUGCUGAGCGGCACACUUGCAGCUCCAAACUUCUUUGGUUAUCACAAUGAGCAGGCCGGCUGGGCAGAUGCCAAUAAAGCUGUCAGACAACUUCGUGAUGAAUGCCUCCAUCUUGGGAUUUCCUUUUUGUGUGGCCGUGGAGGAACCGUUGUUGGACUGGAAAUUGAUUCCCACAAAACCAUCAAAGCCGUUCAGACCCUCGCCGGUAAUCUGGUAGAGGGUGAUCACUUCGUGCUGGCGGCUGGUGCUUGGGCCUCAGGCUUAGUUCCGAUGUACAAUUCCACUUUGGCAACUGGUCAAGUGAUAGGAUAUAUUCGUCUCACGGAGUCUGAGAUGGAGAAAUACAGGGAUCUUCCUAUUUACGCCAAUUUCUCGACGGGCUGGUUCAACUUCCCCCCACAUGAGGACACUAUGAUGUUGAAGAUGGCAAUUCACGGAUGGGGAUAUACCCGAGUCCCAAGCGAGCAAGAUUGCAAUGCUAUCAAAUCUAAUAUCUCUUCACCUCCACUCAUACCUCCCUGUCAGCGUCCAAAUUUUGUUCCAGCAGAUGGAGAACAUCGAUUGAGGCAAGGCCUACGCGAAAUCCUUCCUGAAUUGGCUGAUCGCCCGUUUGAGAAGGUCAGUUUGUGUUGGUACACUGAUACUCCCAGUGGCGAUUUCAUAAUGGAUUUCCAUCCUGAUUACACCAAUCUGUUUGUGGGAGGGGCGGGUAGCGGACAUGCAUUCAAGUUCCUUCCGGUAUUAGGUGAAUAUAUGUCGCUUGCUCUCAGAAAAUGCCUACCGCCAGAACUUGCCAAAAAAUGGCGAUUCCGGAAAGAUUAUGCAAGCCAGAAAGAUCCUUUCUUGGGCGAUGGAAGUCGGGGAGGACCAAUCAGACGGGAAUUAGAUUCUCAAGAGAGGGCAAAGCUCUAA